UCUGUUCUUUUUAGUUUUUUGGUCCAUGUUCCGCGCUAUGUUACUUUUUUCAUUAUUAUAUUUUUAUAUUGAUGUUUAAUAAAGGAUUAAAUUAACUGUUAUUUUAAUUCGUUAUCUAUAGUAAUCUUUGGUUAUUAUUUGCUACUGUAAAGUUGUUCGAAUUUCAAAACAUGAAGAUUGGUACUCAUGAUGGCGUCUUUCACUGUGAUGAGGUGCUGGCAUGCUUCAUGCUCCGUCGUCUCCCGGAGUAUAAAGAUGCAGAGAUUGUCCGAACUAGAGACCUAGAGAAACUCAAAUCAUGUGACAUAGUGGUAGACGUGGGAGCAGAGUUUGAUCAUCAGAAGAAACGCUACGACCACCAUCAGAGGGAAUUUAAUGAGACUCUAAGCUCUUUGAGACCUGAACUUGGAGACAAGUACAAAAUUAAAUUAAGCUCAGCAGGACUUAUCUAUGCAAAGUAUGGUGAAAAUUUACUCCAAGAGCUAGCACCUAAAGGACACCCAUUUUCUCCAGAAGAUUUACGGAUAAUAUACAAGAAAGUGUAUGAACAUAUAGUCGAAGAGAUGGAUGCAAUAGACAAUGGAGUUCCAAUGACAGACGAGGAGCCGAGAUACAAAAUAAGAACCCAUUUAAGUGCCCGAGUGCAUAGGUUGAACCCUGAAUGGAAUUCUGAACAAAACUCGGAUGUUAGCGAACUGUUUGAAAAAGCAAUAGCUUUGGUCAGUGAAGAGUUUUUGUACACUGUGAACUAUUUCAUAUCAGUGUGGUUGCCGGCGAGAGAUUAUGUGAAAUCGGCAAUAGAAGAAAGGCUAGAGGUGCAUGAAUCAGGACAAAUAUUGGAAUUUAAAGAAAGGUUCCCAUGGAAGGAGCAUUUGUUUGACCUGGAAGAGGAAUUAGGGCUAGGAAAUGAAAUCAAGUAUGUUAUAUUCAUGGAUAAGCCAAACUCAUGGAGAAUCCAGGCGGUGCCUGUCAAACCCACCAGUUUUGUUACCAGGAAACCCCUGAACAAAAAAUGGUGGGGCGUACGCGACGACCAGCUAAGCGAGACCUCAGGCAUAGAAGGCUGUAUAUUCUGCCACAGCACAGGCUUUAUUGGCGGUAACACUUCCAGGAAAGGCGCUCUAGCUAUGGCUGUAGAUAGCUUGAAUGCUGUAUAAGUAUGUUGGAUGUAUCAAAAUUAUAUUUCAAAUUAAAAAAAAAUAUAAAGUUUUUUAU